AGGACCUUCUCUUUCUCUCUCGCGUCACUCCGGCAGCUAGCGUGUGCGGUACAGAAGAACAAUCGUCAAGCGGCAAACUACCUUUUUUACCUCCAAACACAAAACAAUUCGACUAGCUGCCGUCAUUACUCCUAUUUGGGAUCUGCAUUCAAUGAUCUACCACUCAUGAAAUAUCAACAUUUUCUCAUAUUUUGUACCCUGGUUACAAAUGCACUAUGUAACAGAGCGUGCAGUCGGAACACAUGUCUUAACGGCGGAACUUGCACAGUGAACGAUGAGACGCGAAUGUUUCAGUGUGAAUGUCCGAAGGGUUUCAGUGGGUUGCUAUGUCAGGACAACUGCUCUUUGCACUGUCUCCACGGUAACUGCGUGAAAGGAACGUUUGGCGAAGAAACUUGCCAGUGCUCCGAAGGAUGGAUGGGCUCACUUUGUGAUAAUCUAGUUACUGAUGAUGACACUGCUCAAAAGUGCUCACCGCAAUGUGGCGAUGACGAAAGAUGCACAAAAGGAGCCGACGGAUCAUACAUUUGCCAGAGCAACGAGCCGUCUUGCGCAACACACACUUGUCAGAAUAACGGCACUUGUGUUGCCGAGAACGGAAAUGUAAAAUGUGCCUGCCCACCUGGAUUUGUUGGAGAUCACUGUGAAACUGACGAGGACGAGUGCAAAGAAAAUUUUUGUCAGAAUGGAGCAGAUUGUGAAAAUUUGAAAGGAAGUUAUGAAUGCAAAUGUUUAAAAGGAUUUUCUGGUAAAUACUGUGAAAUCCAAGACAAGAAACAAUGCACUUCUGAUUAUUGUCACAACAAUGGUCAAUGCAUUUCGACUGGCUCCGAUCUCUCCUGCAAGUGCUCUCCCGGGUUUGAUGGUGCAUUCUGCGAGCUCAAAGCAGAGGUUAACGAGUGUAUAUGUGAAAACCCGGCUCAUGUUUGUUCACUCGUAAACGGGACGUCAAGGACAACGCAAUGCGAGUGUCCUUCGGGGUUUAUGGGUGCCGACUGUAAAGAGUUGCAAGCUCGUCCAUGCGAUCGUGAGCCGUGUCUUAAUGGGGGUCACUGCGUCGACGACGGGCAGAAUCUCUUCACCUGCUUUUGCCUUCCCUCUUUUACCGGCAUCUAUUGUGGAGAGCCUGUUGAUUGUCUGGUUAAUGGAUCGGAUUGUAAGAAUGGGGGAAAGUGUGUGUUCGCGUUAGCCGCAACUACCUGCCAGUGUCCGGAAGGAUUCAAUGGGUCCAAUUGUGAAAUAAGUAAUUCAUAUCGGUCACAUCCAACAUGCAGUGACAUUCGAUGUUUGAAUGGUGGAAGCUGUAAACUCGACGCAGAAGGGGAACCGUUUUGUGUAUGUGAAGAAGGGUUUGAUGGACCGUUCUGUGAGCCAAAAUCUGGAUGCACAAUUAAUCCCUGUCAAAAUGGAGGAACUUGCCAAGAUGCAGAUGGACAAUACUUCUGUCAUUGCACAUCAGGCUUUGGUGGCGUCCACUGCGAAACGGUGGAUGAGCCUUCAACCCCUAUUCCCACAUUAGGAACGUUUCCAUCUUUUACAACUUCUGGAAUCGACGGAUUCUCUCAGAGUAAAAUAUCUUGCGAAGACUGCGUCAACUCAUCCAAUUGUCUUGACGUCGAAUCUGGGCCAGUUUGCAUUUGUGAUGAUGGAUAUUUUGGACAAAAAUGUGAUCAGAAACAUGAUAAAUGCUCUAAAGUAUCCUGUCCAUCUGGUCAAACUUGUAGCCAAGUGAAUGAUAACGUGAAUAUCACUGCACAAUGUGGAUGUGAAAUAGGCCACUUUGGACAACAGUGUGAAAUGGUGACGUCAGCAACAUUUUCGGCGAAAAGUUUGUAUAUUCAUCAGAGCUCCAAAUUCUCCCUUGGAACUUCUUCAUUCGAAAAUAUUGCCUAUGAACUAGAGUUUUCGUUCCGCACAACUGUGGAAAAUACCCAUUUGGCGAGCAGCGAGAACAUUCUCGGAGAGAAGAUUUUGUCUAUUCAACUUUUGUCGGGAUACUUGGUGUUCAACAUGACCGGAAAUUCGUUGGAGCACCUGCUGCCAAUGAGAGUUAGCGAUGCUCAAUGGUAUACAGUGUUUGUAAAGGGAGAGGAUAAUAAAAUCCAAAUCGAAGUCUCCACUGAAAAUGGGUUCAGUCUAGUUCAAAAGUCAGUCAACGGACAGCUUGAAGUGUUCCUCACCAGAUUUGGAAAGAUCUCUGGAACUCAUCACUUUAUAGGAUGCAUGGCUGAUGUUCGAGUGGACGGGGAUCUCAUAAUUUUUGCAGAUAACAAACGAGCAAUUGAUAUUAGAAAAGGGUGCACUAGAAGUGAACAGUGCACCAGAGCAUACUGUCAGAAUGAAGGAAUUUGCAUUGACCAUUGGGAGAGCUCAAGUUGCAAAUGUAAACCUCCAUACCUGAAACCAAAUUGUGUAUAUUUCCUCCCCAAAACGACCUUUGGACAUUUGGACCAGCCCUCAAUUGUGCAUUUGAGCACAAGCGAAUCGGAAAACCACCUGCUCCGUAAUCACAUCGAGUUGAGCUUCUUAAUGCAUUCCGGCAAACCGGAUGCCGUUCUGUUCUAUAUUGGCGAGAAGCACGCCGCAGAUGUUCUGACUAAUUAUCUCGUCGUCAAGAUUGCUGGCGGUCUUAUUACAGUGAGAUAUAGAACCGGUGGCCGUCGUGAAAUCGAGUUCUCCAGCAAAAACCGCGUUGACGACAAUCAGGAGCAUCAUGUUCAAAUUUUCUUGGACAAAACCACUAGACAGAUCAUUAUCGACGAUCUCAUCGAAUGUUCGGAACCAAUUAUCUCGCGCAUGUCACAAGAGUUUUAUGUGGAUGACAUUGUGAUUGGAGCGUCGAAUGUUGUAGCAACCGACUCGGAGUUUUAUAAAGGAUACCUGCAGGAUAUUCAAAUCAAUCAGAAAUCUGUGGUCAUUCAUCCAACUUCACUGACAAUUGAUAAAAUCGGAAAAUUGGAAAGGACACAGAAUGUUAUUGAGGGCGCUGUGUCUGACCCAAUGUGCUCUUCUAGCACCUGCAAACAUGGUGAAUGCUCCGAAACGUUCAAUGAUUUCACUUGCCGAUGCUCGGAUGGCUCGACAGGAAAACUUUGCGAUAAAGUUGACUACUGCAAAGAUGCAAGCUGUAUGAAAGGUUCUAGAUGUGAAAAUGCGGAUAACGGGCAUUAUUGUAUUUUCCCAAUAACUAUAUCAAAUGGAAGCAUGCUUACCUACAGUCUGGCGCCCACAAAAUUUAUGACUCUCCCAAGCAUAGAAUUCUCGAUCAAAGCACAUUCCCAAAACGGACACAUUUUUACACUGACAAUUGAUAAAUCAACGUUGUCAGCAUAUCUUUUCAAAAAGCGUUUGGCAUUGGCAACCAAUUCCGGUUCCGGUACAAUCCAAAAGUUUGAUUCAGUGAUUGCUGAUGGAAACUGGCAUCAAAUCAUUUUGAAUCCUCACAAAGUUUUGAUAGAUAGCGUGAAAUUCAUCUCUGAUAAUCAACUCUAUCCAGCGGAGAGCAAAUCUGGAGCUUCACUUUUUGUUGGCGAGCAAGAGCCUCAAGAAGUGACAUUUGCAUGUUUGGAUCUUUUCAAAAUGGGAGAGUAUCCAACAUUAUCAUUCACAAAAGUCAAAAUUCCAACAAAUUCGGAGACAUGGAAUCUGACAGACAAAGCAUCGGUUGGCACUGGUUGCAUGUCUACGGAUCAAUGUGGUCUAUACUCCACCUGUCUCAAUGGAGCAACGUGUGUAGAUAUUUGGAACAAGCGAAAAUGCGUCUGCCCAGCAGGAUUUGCCGGUGAAAACUGUGAAGACAACGUGAACGAUUGCAAAUUUGUCGAUUGCGGUAAACAUGGGUACUGUCUGGAUGGAAUCGAUGAAGCCAAAUGUAUAUGUAACAAUGGAUUCCACGGAGAGCACUGUGAGCUUGCGAAAGACGAAUGUGAAGGUGUCGAGUGUCAUAAUGGUGGGAAAUGUGUGAAGAAUAGAAGCGAGAAAAUCGUUUGCCAAUGUGGAAACUCGUGGAUGGGAGAUUCGUGCAACGUUACCAAAACCACGAAUUGCAAAGAUUCACCGUGCCAGAAUUUCGGACAGUGCAUGCAAAAAACCGAUACCUUUUUCGAAUGCAACUGUAUGGAUGGAUACUCCGGUGAGCUAUGCGAGCAGCGUGACGUCAACGAAUGCAAUCACUACGACUGCAACCGUGGUCAUUGUGUCAUGACAGUCAGUGGGCCGGCCUGUCAAUGCGAGAUGGGAUACACUGGAAGAUUCUGCGAGAAGCUUUUGAACCAAUGUUCCAGCAACACUUGUAGCUCAAGAGGCGCUUGCUCUCCAGUCUGGAACAACACUGUCUGCAACUGUGACAAUAAUUGGAGAGGCGCUCAUUGUCAACAUCAAAUGGACACUUGUCUAGACUUUCCCUGUAAUAAUGACGGAGUAUGCAGAACGAAUGACGAGAACACGUUUAGUUGUGAAUGCCAGAAGUUUUUCAUGGGAACGAGAUGCGAAAUCGAGGGAAGCUGUUUGAAAGCUCAAUGUGUGCACGGAGAAUGCAUUCAGUUAUCGCCAGAGACGCACACAUGCAGCUGUAAUAUUGGAUAUGAAGGUGACGCUUGUGAUAAAAAAAUUGACUAUUGCAAAGCAGGGCCAUGCUUGAACGGAGCCAAUUGUGAGAACAAGCUGACGGGCUACAAAUGCACAUGUGCUGUGGGAUUUGAAGGCGCUGAUUGUGAGAUUAACAUUGAUGAAUGUGCGCUCGAGUUCUGUAAGAAUGGUGCAAAAUGUCGAGAUAAGAUCAACGAUUAUGAGUGUGUUUGUGAUGGAACUGGAUUUGAAGGAAGAAACUGCACAACUGACAUCAACGAAUGUGCAAAUCCAAACAACUGCAUCAACGGAGAAUGUACGAAUACUCUUGGAAACUAUAAGUGUGCUUGUCGCAAUGGCUUCAUUGGUCCUCGCUGCUCGGUUCGGAACCCUUGCACCGCGCAAAUCGCAUCAAACAACAUCUCAAGUGUCACUUGUGUACAUGGAAAAUGCGUGAACCCCGUUGUCCAAAUUGAGAAAAACCGCGAAGUGGCGAAAUACGAGUGCGCCUGCGAUCGAGGUUAUACGGGGCCUACGUGUUCGCAAAGAAUAAAAGAGUCAGCCAUGUCAAACAUCAGCUAUUUGUUCGGACCAAUUAUUGCGGUUGUCAUCGUGUUUGCCAUAUUGGGAUGUCUGCUGCUGUUCUUUGUGAUACGGGGCAAUAACGCCAUGCAUGGUCAUUAUAGCCCAAGUUCGCACGAAUUCACACAGAAUCGAAUGGCGAUGCCAACUGUGAUCAAACUUCCACCUCAAGAACGUCUUAUCUGAACCCUGAAUACCUGAAUUAUUUGCUCAAAAAGUGUGUAUUUUGCCCCCCCCCCCCACUCACCUCUCCUGUUCAUCUGUGUCUUUUCUCGUUGCAUCUACUUAAAUUUUAUUUCCACAUUUUCAUCACAAAACACUUCAUUACUAUGUUACGGGUUUGAAUAGUGCUCUUAAAUUGUUUUUUCCUCUGUAUGUAAGUAAUGGUUAUGUUUAUUAUUAUUAUCAAAAUUUUUGUUGCCAUUUUUGCAAUAAACAAUUAGAAGAUUAGAUUGAAA